AUGCGUCUCUCCAUCAAGUCGCUAGCUCUUCUGAGCGUUCUCCCUGCGUCGCUCGCAGCACCCGCACCAUCUCCAGCUGCGGCACCUGCACCGAUUGCAGCACCAGCACCGGCCGUCGACGCAGUCCAGGGUCUGGAUGAACGUCAACUGCUCAGUAAACUCACAUCUGGUUUGACCUCCCUCGUUGGUGGCCUUCUCGGCCAAUGCGACCAAGCAGUCAAGGACGGCGAUGCCCCAAAGGUGCUCGACAUCCUUCAGCAACUUCAGCCUACUUCGCGGCCAACGAACAUCGAAGAGGCAGUCGCAAGGCAUUCCCAGAUCUGGGCGAGCCCGACCACGCGAACGGACUUUUUCGCCGCUGUUGCGACCCAGAUAGCCGGUGGCCUUGUCCUUGACGAAACGCUAAAGGCCGCUUUCACCGGUGGUCUACCCUUCGGCGAGAACAGCAUCGACAACAAUAACCCAGCCACAGUCGGUAUCUACCCCAAGAAGGAUGCUGCUGAUGCACCAUACACACUCUCCGAGUCUGCGCUCCGGAAGGCACUCUUCAUCCCACCUAGCUUCACCUACGGCGCGAAGCGCCCAGUGAUCUUCGUACCCGGAACUGGUGCUUAUGGAGGCACAAACUUUGCCAGCAACCUCAGGAAGUUGUUGAAUGGCAAGAGCUAUGCUGACCCUGUAUGGCUCAACAUCCCCGGCGCUAUGCUUGCGGACGCGCAAACCAACUCUGAAUACGUUGCCUACGCCAUCAACUACAUCAGUGCCGUCUCACGCACCAACAAGGAAAACAUCGCCGUCAUAUCCUGGUCCCAGGGUGGUCUAGACACACAAUGGGUGUUGAAGUACUGGCCAUCAACCCGCAAGGUUGUCAAGGACUUCCUUCCCGUGUCUCCAGACUUCAAGGGCACUGUCAUCGCGAACGCGAUCUGCUUGACACCGAACAGCGACAUCGCGCUCCUUCCCUGCGACCCCUCUGUUAUCCAGCAAGAGGCUACCUCCGAUUUUAUUGCGUCGCUCAGACGCGACGGAGGCGACAGCGCAUACGUACCCACUACGACCUUCUACUCCGCCCUCUUCGAUGAGGUUGUGGAGCCUCAACAAGGCACCAUCGCCUCCGCUUUCAUCAAAGACGUGCGCAAUGUUGGCGUCUCCAACAACGAGGUACAGAAGGUAUGCUUUGGGCAGCUAGGUGGCUCUCUUUACGGCCAUGCCGGCGUUCUGUUCAACCCUCUAACCUACGCGCUUAUCGUUGAUGCGCUUACGCACGAUGGACCGGGCAAUGUGGAUCGCAUUGAUGUUAAGAGCGUUUGCAGUACCUACGCCGCUCAGGGUCUCGACCUUGAUGAUGUAUUGGCUACUGAAGGUCUCAUUCCUAUCGCCGGUGCACUACUUUUGACCUACCCGCAGAAGAUGUACGGUGAGCCUGCGUUGAGGGCGUAUGCUAGAUAG